AACUUGAGAGGAAGCGACUGGUGACGUCAUCACCCCCGCGACAAACACGGAAGCGGCCGCUGACGUCAUCACCCCUCCUUGCGACAAACAUGGACGCCAUGGACGAUCAGACGGGCUGCAACGGCGCCGCCAAGGUGAAGGAGCGCCUGGAGAGACGCCACCAGGCGCGGAUCGAGGACGUGGAGCGGCGGAAGGAAGCCAAGGAGAGCCACGCCGUCGCCAAGGAGAGCGUCGACUACUUCCUCCGCACCUUCUACGGCGAGCGGGCGGCCAUCGAGGAGCUGCUGAGCCGCAGUCUGGACGUGGACCAGCAGCCGGCGGCGGCGGCUCGGAGCCUGGAGGAGGCCACCGAUAAAACUGUCCAGUUGCAGAAGUUCCUCAAUGACAGCAUGGUGUUCCUCACCACCUACGACCAGAGGCAGGCCCAGGCGGCCCUCCACAAGCUGCAGACGUCUCUCACCGAGACCAGGGAGCAAGCGCUGCCCAAGAAGAGGUUUGCUUUCCGGGCCCGCGCGAAGGCAUCAGACCCAUCCCCGGACCAAGAUGAUGGUGCACCUGAGAAAUGUGCCAGCACGCAAGUGGAUGAAUACUCUCCUGCUGUGCAGUGUGGCUUCUCCAAUAUUAGCGAUGAAGUCCUCACAAAGUCUGCAAGUGAAGUCCACAAAGAGGACGUGCUCCUGUCCCACUUGUCCAACUGCAAGGUGCGUCUCUAUGGCAACCCCAGCACCCUCCACCUCAAGCACAUCGACCACUGCGAGAUCCUGUGCGGACCCGUGUCCACGUCCGUGUUUGUGGACCACUGUCAACACAGCACCCUGGCCCUGGCCUGCCAGCAGAUGCGGACCCACAACACGGCGGACACCCGGGUCUACCUGCACGUCACCAGCCGGGCCAUCGUGGAGGACUGCCGCGGGGUGAGCUUCGCCCCGUUCUCCUGGUCCUACCCCGCGCUGGAGGAGCACUUCCGCGCCUCCGGCCUGGACCCGGACCGGAACAACUGGGACCAGGUGGAUGACUUUAACUGGCUGGCUGCGGGGACUCCUUCCCCCAACUGGGCUGUCAUCCCCGAGGCCGAGCGGAGGACUACAUGGGAGGCCUAGGACCGAUUCAAAACUAGCCUGUAUAUGUUUAUUCAUAAAAUAACUUAGUUCGCAUAAGUGCAUCUACAUGGAGAAUAGCUGCCUGAAACAAAUAUUGCCUUCUUUUGUUUAUUAUAUUUAACAUUAAAUAAAGCAUGUGAAAAUUAUGUAUGUUUC